AUGACCUAUAUUCAGUCUCCCGUUAGCACCAUAUGUGUUGGACAAGCCGCAUCCAUGGGAUCUCUUCUUCUCAGCGGCGGAGAAGCAGGAAAACGUUUUUGUCUUCCACACUCGUCAAUAAUGGUACAUCAACCAUCAGGAGGAUACUUUGGACAGGCGACGGAUAUUGCGAUUCAUGCAAAGGAAAUUUUGCGAGUCCGAAAGCAGCUGAAUGAGAUUUACAAACGGCAUUUAACUAAAGAAAUCUCGCUGGACGAGAUUGAGAAAUUGAUGGAGAGGGAUUAUUUCAUGGGCGCCAAGGAGGCGCUGGAGAUGGGGAUUGUGGACGGCAUUAUGGACCGUAGGAUGAAGCCCAAGGAAGAAACUUCCGUUUGA